AUUUAUACCAUAACGGCAUAACACUGCAUUCAUGCCACAUCUGUCAAUUACAGCAUAUGAGAUAAAGCUAGCAUUAUAUCGACCAGAGCAUAGUGGAUGGGCGUAGCAGAUAAGGAAGAUAGGAAAAACUGAUUAUGGUCAGGUCAGCCAACCUAUCGAAAGUCAGUGUGUCGCGCGGAUGGCGUUGUGUUGUUUGAAUAGAACGGUUUGAUGAGUGUUUGAUUAAUAAUUUUACAAUGGAAAUGGCCCGGUCAAAGUCGACAGGCUGCUGUUCCAUUCCUUCCCUCAAAGUGUCCACCAUCGUCUUGGGUUCCAUAGGCUUUAUCCUGUGGGCCGCCGCCAUCGGCGCGACAACCUAUAUUACCUUCGAUGUAAUGAGUGGAGCUUACUUGCAGCCUUUCCCAAUCUUGAUGGCUGGAAUAAUUCUUGUAGGCGUCAACAUCGCCUACAUAUAUCAGACUUCCCUGAUCAUUCUCACCCUUACAGAAAGCAAGAGGAUAUCGCGUGAGGUCGUCGAAUCAGUAAGGGGCAACACGGCUCGGCUCGUGGCCUUCUUGCUGGUUGGGUUCGCCGAGUGGGUGACGAGCGUCGUUUUCUAUGUCAUGGAAGGGAUGGACCGGCUUGAGUACAUUACGCUCUUCGGAUGUAGCUUUUCUUUCGUGUGGACUGUAGUGGUGGCAGCUGUGGCAGGAUCACUGACGCAUGUGGCAAAGAAUUUGUUACAGCCAAUUUGAAGUGAUAUGAUCCCACUAUUCACUGCAGAACAGAGGCAGGGAUGAGCACACGCCACAAGAUCAUUUUCCAUUGGCCGAGACUUAUUAUUCUUCACCCGAACAAUUCGAAACACGAGACAAAAUGUAUCACAGGCAGAAGGAAACUCGCCCAAAGAAACCCACCUACGCCCAAUCUAUGCCUGGAACGUGGGCUACGCCUGUGCACGGGCGGGUAUCAUCGUGGGCGAAUGAUCAUUAGUUACCGGACUCGCUAUUCUGUAAUCGUGAGUCCAAGUUUACGGAGCAGUGUAGCAACACUUCAUAUGUAUUUUCUAUUUAUCUGUUCCUCUCUCUCUGGUCUCCUUUUUGUGACAUUUUUUAUAAUAAAAGGUUUAUAUUACUGUAAAUCGAAAAUUAUUAAAUCAAUAAUUCUAAAUAUAAAACUUAAAAUUAUUCUCAAUUAACUAUAUAUUCUCAAAAUAUAUCAUAUCACAAUCUAAAUA